AUGGGUGUUAUUUCGGGGGAGGUUCUUGUUGAUGGCAAGCCUCGGGAUGAGUCCUUCCAGCGCAAGACCGGGUAUGCGCAACAACAAGAUUUGCACUCGAGCACCUCCACAGUGCGCGAAGCCCAAACCUUCUCGACCCUUCGAACUCUACUGCUCUUCUUGGAUGAGUCUACCUCUGGGCUUGACUCUCAGACAUCGUGGGCUAUCCUUGAUCUUCUCGACAAGUUGAAGAAGAACGAACAGGCUAUUCUGUGCACUAUCCAUCAACCUUCCGCGAUGCUGUUCCAGCGCUUCGAUCGUCUCCUCUUUCUUCAGACUGGGGGUCGCACAGUCUACUUUGGUGAAGUCGGUGAAAACUCACACAUCCUGAUUGACCAAUCUGUCCGCAAUGGUGGGCCUCCAUGCCCUCCAGAUGCUAAUCCCGCCGAAUGGAUGCUCGAUGUCAUUGGCGCCGCUCCCGGAUCCCAUACCGACAUUGACUGGUUCGACACAUGGCGCAACUCAAUCGAGUAUGCUCGCGUCCAAGAGCAUCUCGCCGAACUGAAGCGCGAACGCUCUCAACAGACCGACCUUUCCUGCGUCGACUCGGGCCAGAACCACGGGGAUAAUGCCAGCUACCGCGAGUUCGCCGCUCCCUUCUCUGUGCAGCUCUGCGAAGUCCAGCUUCGUGUGUUCCAGCAGAUCUGGCGCUACCCCACACACAUCUAUUACAAGGCCUUACUAAUUUUGUAG